AUGUACUAUCAAAGGAAGUUCCCAUUAGGGGGUGUAAAGCAAGGCGCGCUGGAGGGCGGCGCGCUGGGCGGCGGCGGCGGCGGCGGCGCGCUGGGCGCGCUGCGAGCGGCCGGCUCGCCGCCCGCGCCCAGCCUCGGCGCCAGCCGGCACAGUCUUAUAGAAAUGAUGACGUGCCGGCUGGGCUCGCGGAGGCUGGGCGGAUCUCGCGGUUCGCUGCAAGCUGGCACCACGUGCUCCGCCGCCAGCGAGCUGGAUCUCUCCUCACGUUCUCGACGGGCACACAAAGCCAGGUUAAAACUACUGAGCGCAAGCGGUGAGGCUCCGUUGUUGGGGGGCUGGCGGAGCACGCCGCACACGCCGCACGCGUCAGCGACACCGGCGCCGCACCACUCACACAAUCACCUCGCACCGCAGCACUGCAACGGCACUGAUAGUGGCAGCAGAGGAGGUCUCCGUCGUCGCUCCACGUACGCAAGCGGCCGACUGCGCUCUGGGCCGCACUGGUCGUUUGUUUUUGACCCCGCCGGCCGAUUGUGCUAUUAUUGGUCCAUGGUCGUCUCGCUAGCCUUCCUUUAUAACCUAUGGGUUAUAGUCUACAGGUUCGCUUUUCAAGAAAUAAAUGGUGAAACAUUAAUAGUGUGGUUUUGCCUCGACUAUUUUUCGGACUUCCUAUAUUUGGCGGACAUUUUGUUUCAUUUUCGGACGGGAUAUCUAGAAGAUGGCGUGCUACAAACGGAUGCGGCGAAGCUGAGAGCGCAUUACAUGAACUCUACCACGUUCUAUAUAGACUGUCUGUGUUUGUUGCCGUUGGACUUUCUUUAUCUAUCCAUCGGCUUUAAUUCAAUAUUACGUUCGUUCCGAUUAGUGAAAAUAUAUCGUUUUUGGGCGUUUAUGGACCGAACUGAGCGACACACGAACUACCCUAACUUGUUUAGGUCAACAAGUUUAAUUCAUUAUUUGUUAGUGAUAUUCCAUUGGAACGGGUGCUUGUACCAUAUAAUAUAUAAAAACAAUGGUUUCGGUAGUAAAAACUGGGUGUAUCACGAUACGGAAACGGCCGAUGUAGUGAAACAGUAUCUUCAAAGUUAUUAUUGGUGCACAUUGGCGCUCACGACAAUCGGUGAUUUGCCGCGACCACGCAGCAAAGGGGAAUAUGUGUUCGUGAUAGCGCAGCUCCUGUUUGGAUUGCUUCUGUUCGCCACGGUGCUCGGUCACGUAGCCAACAUCGUCACCUCAGUCAGCACGGCCAGAAAAGAAUUCCAGGCUAAACUGGAUGGGGUGAAGACCUACAUGCGCAUGAGGAGAGUACCAACGCAUCUGCAAGUGAAGGUGAUCAAAUGGUUCGACUAUCUCUGGCUCACCCAGAAGUGUUCUGACGAGGAGAAAGCGGUUUCGUGUCUACCGGACAAGCUAAAGGCGGAGAUAGCUAUCAACGUACAUCUAGAUACCCUGAAAAGGGUCGAAAUAUUUCAAAAUACGGAGGCGGGGUUUUUAUGCGAGCUAGUGCUGAGGCUUCGACCGGUACUAUUCUCUCCCGGUGACUACAUCUGUAGAAAAGGUGAAGUCGGCAAGGAGAUGUACAUAGUGAAUCGAGGGAAACUGCAGGUCGUAGGCGACAACGGCAAGACCGUGCUGGCAACACUUAAGGCGGGUUCUUAUUUUGGCGAAAUUUCCAUUCUGAACAUGGGCACGGCAGGUAAACAACUUGGCAACCGUCGGACAGCAUCGGUGCGCUCCGUCGGCUACUCGGACCUGUUCGUACUUAGCAAGAAGGACAUGUGGGACGUGCUCAAGGAGUAUCCCGCAGCGAGAGUGCGCCUCGAGGCCAUCGCCGUCAAGAGACUCGAGAAAUACAAAAAAGCACCACUCGAAAAAGUGGCAAUGGGUCGGUGCCAGUCGACGCCCGGACUCGUGGAGACGAGCGGGCGCAUACCCAUCGAGGAGAUGCAGCUUCCGGCCGCACCGCUGCCGCCGCCUCUGCACUCCUCACACCCGCCUUCUUAUCGGGACCAGCUUUAUAGUUCGUCAGUAAGUCCUCUUCGUGUAGCAUCCCCGGUGGCGUCGUGUGCGUCAAGCGCUCGUAGUAGCGCGGCGGGGGGUGGAGGUGGGGGUGCGGGAGGGGGUGCUCCCCGCGCAUUCAUCGACUCUCAUGAGGUGCUCGAGAGUGAGAUUAAGCGGCUGCGCGAGCGACUCUACACUGUCGAAACCGAAAAUGCCGCAAUGUCCGCGAAGCUGAGCCAGCAGCAGUGGGAAGUUGACCAAAGGUUGCAAGAAAUAGAGAUGCAGAUCUGCGGCGGGAGCUCGCUGAGCUCUCAGGAGGAGAACGAGAGGAACCGGGAGAGCAUUAUUUAACAGCGCGCCUCCGCCGAGCGAGGGAUGCCGCCCCCCGCACUCCGCCUGUCCGCCGUCUACUGACAAGCGUCUACAUAUUCACACAUGGGAAGUUUCAAUACGAAUUAACUUUAUCAAAUUUAUAUAUACCUAGUAUAUACGACUCGCUGGUAUUUGACGAGCGUCGUGGAGUGAGAUUUUGUCGAGACAAUAUUAUUAUUAUUAUUAUUAUCUUAAAUCGUUAGGUACGUCGAAGUGUUCUAGAGUGCGCGAGUGAGUUCGGGCGGCGCCACGUCUCAGGCCGUACUGUUUACACUCAAUGUUCAUCGGUUACGUUGUCCUAAAGGAUGCUAUUGUGUUUCCUUGGCGGAAUGUAAUGAUGCGUUGUUUAUAGAUUGAAUAAUAAUACAUUGGGAUCGUUGUAAAUGUCGAUAGAUACGUUUUGGAAUGUUAAUUAUACGUUUUGUUUUCGCUGACGGUUCGUAAAUACGUCGUUACUAUGUUUUCAUGGUGAGUUUGAACAAAUUGUGUACAAACGUUUGUCGUAUACCCCGUUGUAUUUGA